ACGACGUCGAAUACGUUGGACUAUUUUUUUCCACCACGCAUCCCGAGACCACUCCCCCCUCUUCUUUAUUCUGCCUUGUAUAAAUCCUCCGGCUUUCUUUCUUGCUGCUUUGUUCGAUUUGAUCAUCCUUGCGUGUGGCUGAUUGAGCUACUUCAGCUGUUGAGGAGUGAAAGAAAGCUCGAGAGGGAGAGGAUUGAUUGAUUGAUUGAUUGUGAGUUUGGAAAAGGAAGUGGAAUGGGGAUGGAGAUGGGCGAGUCGCGACGGCGGCGGACGGCGCAGGGAGAUCCAGCGCCGGCCGCGGGAGGCGGAAGGGAGCGGUGCCCGCGGUGCGAGUCGCGGGACACCAAGUUUUGUUACUACAACAACUACAACAUGUCCCAGCCCCGGCACUUCUGCAAGUCGUGCCGCCGCUACUGGACGCUCGGCGGCACGCUGCGUAACGUCCCUAUAGGCGGCGCCACCCGCAAGCGCCUCCGUCCCACGCCGGCUCCAGAGUUCCGACCCCUCCCCCCGCCGCCUCCGCAGCAGCAGCCGCCCUCGGCAGACACAGUGGCAACCUCCGAUUUACCGGCCUGCCGCGGCAGCUCGCUGUUCCCCGGCGCCGCCGCUGGGCUUCUCGGGAUGGACGAGGCUUUCCUCCCCAGCCGGGGUAGGUUCGCGCUGGGUCUCGGGCUCGGGCUCGGGUGCGGCGCGGCCAGGGAGACGGCGGAGGAGAUGGGCUUUGGCAGCCUGGGCCACCAUGCAAUGCUGUGGUCCCACCCACUUCUCGACGAACCAGAAGACGCGUGGCGAGUGGGGAGCGCGGGCACCGGCGGGAACUUGGCGUGGCCGGACCUUGGUCCUGCCAGUCCACUCCAGCCUGUCGAGGCGGCUUUCCGGCGAGGGAGUUCAACUAAUAGCUUGCCGAUCGACGGCAGUGGCAUUAAUUACUUUAAGGAAGCUUCCUAAUUUUGCUCUCGUAUCAGACGCCUCCUCUAAUUAUGUACUCCACCUGCUAAUUUCUCCUUUGCUUGAUGAAUCGGCUAUUAACGUGUAAACUCUGUGCCUUUUUACUAAA